GAUAGGGGUGCAGCCAAUCGCAGCCCAGCGUCGGGCCACGAGAGCCGAUCGCCGUGGAGAGCAUCCAAGGGGAGUGGACGCAGGGCAACGGGCGCGCAGGAACGAAAAGGGGCUAGGCUUCACUGUGCCGCUGACAUCGGGACGAUACCGUCGCAAAGCAAGGGAGGCGCAGAGGCAGAGAGGCCGCCUGCGAAGCGCCGGCGCGUGCGAUAAGGCACUGACGAGACGGCAUGGCCGCCACGGCGUACUCCACGGCGCUUCUCGGCGGGGCGCGCCUCGCCGCCGUCGGCGGCGCCGCCGUGCCGUCCUCCGUCCUCGUCCCGCGGCGUAACCUGCUGACGCCUCUCCGGCUCCAAGAUGCGCCGAGGCUGUCGCUGCUCCGGGCGAAGGCCUCCGACGACGACACCUCGGCCGACGAGCUCAUCGCCGACUUGAAAGCCAAGUGGGACGCCAUCGAGAACAAGACCACCGUCAUCACAUACGCCGGCGGCGCCAUCGUCGCUCUUUGGCUGACCUCCGUCAUCGUCGGCGCCAUCAACUCCGUGCCUCUGCUUCCAAAGAUCAUGGAGCUCGUCGGUCUUGGAUACACCGGAUGGUUCGUCUACCGCUACCUUCUCUUCAAGGAAAGCAGGAAAGAGUUGGCUAGCGACAUCGAGUCACUCAAGAAAAAGAUUGCUGGGACAGAGUAGUAAAAUGUUUGCUCCCGUGAUUUUUUUUGGAUGAUUCCUGCGAGAGCUCAUUACCUUUUCUCUCCUUUUGUCCUAAGAAACAAGUCACUUUAGCAUUCAAUAUUUAUCCUAAAAAAUAAGCCAUAUGUGUAUGCAAAAAUCAAUUAGUGCUAAAUAUGAAUAAUUAAUAGGAUAAAAUAGAGAUAAACAUGGUCGUUUUAUCUUAUUAUUAAUUUAUUCUAGAAAUUAUAAGAUGACUUGUUUUUUAGGACGAAGAGAGAAUUAUUGUUGUUGCCUUUGCAUUUUGCAUACGUGAGCAGUCACCAGAGACCGUGUCGUCCCAAAAAGCUUUUAGUUGUAGUGGAACAGAGACAAUGCACAAACCUUAUGAUGUCAGGGUACCACAUUUAUCGCCUCAUUUUGCAACCAAUAUCUACUGUAUAGACAACAUGUCCAUUGGACUUGUUUUGACCAACAUAAACGGUCUAGCGAGAGUAUCUCACACUACUGUAAAAACGCACAUUCGUCCGCGGCCGUUAGUACCGGUCACGGCUUUGGCCGGUACUAACGUGCAAAUUUAGUACCGGGCCAAAAGAACAGUGGCCAUGUGAGCCUAUUAGUACCGGCUGGUGGCUCUAGCCGGCACUAAAGUGCGCCACCGACAGGCUCUGACCACCGCCUGCAACAGCUAGUGACAAUUUAGUACCAGCUGGAGCCAUCAGUCGGUACUAAAUGACCGCCAGGAAAAUUAGUACCGGCUGGUGGCUCCAGCCGGUACUAAAUGCGGCGCGUUAGUACCGGCUCGAGCCACCAGCCGGUACUAAUGCGCCCACUAUAAAUUGGCGUCUUCUUCCUUCCCGAGCUCGAGCCAGUGCCAUUUCACCAGAGAAGCUCGAGCUCGGGGUUGUUCUUUCCCUUAGAGAGUUGCCGCCAUUUUUUCUAGUUUUAGUGAGUGUUCUAGUCAUCCAAAUGCGCCAAAGAUUUGCAACUUCAUCCUCUGUUCAUUGAUAGUCUUUAUUCUUCAUUUUAUGCUCUAUAGUUAGAGAAAUUUGUGACUUUUGGAAAUAGUGAGGAUGAAUAUGAUUUCUUUGAUUUAUGCAAUGAUUUGAGAUAUAUAGAACUGAUGACUUGAAUGUGGGAGUAGGUUUAUUGGCUAGGUUGAAUAUGGAUAAUUUAUAGACAUAUUUUUCAAUCAUUUUCUAUAUAUUAGAAAUGACCAUAGCAUAUUUUUUAUUUUUAGAUUCAGAUGAGCAUGUGGAUAGUAGAAAUAUUUUCCGAAAUAAAGUUUUUUUUCUACUAGACGAUUUCUGGAUAUUGAAAAGAGAGUGUUCGCCUAAAACGAAAGGGUGUCAAAAUAAUUAGGACAUAUAGAGAUUUAUUUCAAUUAAUUAGAUAUUUAUUUCAAUUAAUUUAUUCAUGUUUUUUUGAUUGAGAAUUAAUGUGAUUUUGUAUUGUAGUUCACAGACACUUACCAGCAAGUGUGAAAUAUAAACAAAGUAGUGCUGCUAUUGGGGCAUUAGUCACAUUGUGCUUGCUCUAUCACAGCUCUUUCUAUAUCCUUCAUUAUGUAGAUAGAGGAGUUAUGACCGAAGAAGAAUAAGGGAUUAGACAGAGCUGUGACAUAGCACGGCACACAAUGAUGACUAAUGCCUCAAUAACAACUCUAAUUUGAUUACAUUUCAGACUUGGUGGUAACAAGGGUACACUUUAAUUGUAAUUGUGAGAGCAAAUUAUUGUUUUAUUGUAAUUGUAAUUAUUAUUUUAUUGAUGUAUUAUAAUUGUGAGAUUAUAGACACUUACUAGCAAGUGUGACAUUGUGUGGGUCGAGCGGAUCCGAAUAAGGACAUCAGCGAUGAUGAGGCGCCUAAUUAAGGACCCUUAGUAUAUUGUAGAAAUUUGUCGGACAUAACUUAUGUGCACGACGACUUGUAAAUAUAUUAUGAAUCCCGAGUUUA